AUGCCCAAAAGCAAAAUUGCCAUUAUAUGCAGUGGAUGGGGUGGCUUCACGCUCGCACACGAGCUGUCGCUCGCCAAGUACGAUGUCACUGUCAUCUCGCCCAUGAGGACCAUCCAGUACACACCGCUGCUUGCGAGUGCGGCAGCGGGCAUGAUCAAUUUCAGACUCGCCGAGGAGCCAGUCCGCCGCCGCAACCGCGUCUCAGGCUUGCACUACUACAAAGCCACCGUCGACGACAUCGACUUUGCCCGCAAGACGCUGCACUGCAGCCCCUCGGUCCCGGACGUAGCCGAUAACCACCUCUCCCACUCCCAUACCUUCACCAUGCCCUACGACAUCCUCAUCCUCGCCCCCGGCUGCACCGUGCAGACCUUCGGCACGCCCGGCGCCGUCCAGCACGCGCACUUCCUCCGCACGACCGACGACGUGCGGCAGAUCCAGCAGCGCCUGCUCGAGAUGCUCGACGCGGCGUCCACUCCCGGGCUCACGCGCACCCAGCAGCGCGACAUGCUGCGCGUCGUCGUCGUCGGCGGCGGGGCCAUUGGCAACGAGGCCACGGCCGAGCUGUACGACCUGUGGCAGCACGACCUGCGGUUCUUGUAUCCGCACCUUGACACCAGCGGAGAGGAAGGUGGUGGUGGUGGGGCGCUGUUCAGCAUCGAGGUGCACGACGUGGCGCCCGUGAUCCUGGGCACGUUUGACGACCGGCUCGCCGGGUACGCCCUGCACAAGCUGCAGAGCCGCAGCGUGCACAUUGAGACGGGGAGCCAUAUUACAAAAGUGGAGGGCGGGGUCAUUUAUACCAAGGAGCACGGCGAGGACCGCCCGCUGGGGUAUGGGAUGCUCAUCUGGGCAACGGGUAAUGGGGUGAACCCGCUGGUCGAGAAGAUGCAGGAGGUACAGAAGGCGGGCAAGCUGCAGCGCAUUGUGACAGACAGGAGGCUCCGCACAGGGCAUGACGGCGAGAUCAUGCCGGAUGUCUAUGCGCUGGGCGACUGCGCGGACAUCGAAGGCUACGCGCUACCUACGCUGGCCGAGGUGGCGGUGCAAAAGGCAGAGUAUCUCGCGAGGCAGCUCAACGCGGCCGAAGAGGAGGAGCUGCAAGCCCCGUCCUUUGUGUACAAGCAAAAGCCCAACCUGGCGUACCUCGGCCAGCACGACGGCGUGAUCGGUGGUCGGGAGGAGUGGACGGGCCACUCUGCGUGGCUGGCCUGGCGGAGCGGCAGCAUCUUCCACUGGCCGCGGAGCUGGCGGCGGACGCUCAUGAUUGGCAUCAGCUGGCUAUUCAAUGCGGUUGGGGGCAGGGAUAUCGCGCGGCGGUGGUAA